GGUGCAGUGAUUAAACAACACGAUUUCAGUUUCAUUUCAACGUCUGACUAUAGUGAAGUGGAGAGUUUGGGCACGUUAGGGUUUAGUUUGGGUGGAUGGAAAUCACGAACGAAGAGCGGUGGUGGUGGGGGCACUGUCAAGAAGUCUCACGACGAUUCGGCACUACCUCAUCGACGCAUCGCAACCAGCUCAUCGCUGGGCACUGUUGACAUUGGUCAGUUGAUACCACUUUGUUGCACUGACGUUGAAUUCUCAUUCACUCAUCAAUUCGAAUUACCAAACAACUACAUUCGUUGA